AUGUCCACGCUGACAAACUCUCCUCCAAAUGCGUCCGCCAACUCCGUCUCAUCCUUCUCACCCAUUCCAUCGCCACCAUUAGCCGCUGAGAUGAUCAAACUCCCCCCCUCCCCGCUAGAAGGAGAGCACAAUCUCUUCUUCUCACCACCCCCGGCCUCUCCAAUCCAAGUCACAUUCGACUCUGCCACGAAACGCAGCCCCAAUCCAGCCCAAUUCAUCACCCCCUCCAGACCACGCGCAGGUUCUCCCCAGAGAAAAAUAAGACCGUUGUCCGCGAGUGGCAUUGCCGGGAUGCCUCCGCCUAUGCAGAGAGCACACUCCUCUCCCGGUGUUGAUUCCUCUGGUCGAUAUGUGACCCCUUAUGGUUCGGCACGCAGGCCGAUAUCCCCAUUACCCAUGGCGAGAAGACGAAGUCCGUUACGUUCGGCUAUGGAAGAGCCGUAUCCUGGAGCCCCAUCAUGGAGUGGUCUCAGUAUCGAACCGAACAUCCCUGAAAACGAAGAGCUCGAACUCUCAGAGCUCGACCUGUCACAACAGUCGCCCAUGUCAUCCUUUUCGAACACAUUCCCUCGAUCUCGGCGGCGGACCACGAGCCCACUCCAUCAAAGUGCGAGCGCUCCGUCAUUACAUUCUAGGGCCAUGAGUCCUGGCAUUUCUGGGAGCACAUCACCUCUACCACUAGGGACACCUCAAAAAUACACCAAUGAGCCAUAUCCCAUGUAUUCCUUCAGUUCUGCGUCCUCGAUCCCGAGCACACCUACAUCUAUUCGAUCCCGAUCACCAUCGAUCAGUUCUCUCGAAACAAUCGAAGAUAUUCCCGAUGCCGAAGAGGCUGCCAUGCUCGAAGACGAGGAGGGCAAGCAAAGGGGCGAGGACGGCGAGCCAAGGAGGGUUUCGAUGGAACUUCGAGGGAGCAACCUACGGAGUAACAAGGAACGAAAACGAUGGUCUGUCUGCGGCGCAGAGAGAAGGGCGGAUUUCUCGUUGGAGCCCAUUGAAGAAUGA